GUUAUGUGCUCAGGGUUAUUUGGUACUGAUCGUAAUUUAUACCGAAUAAGUGUACCUUAGUUUAUUAUUUAAAGUUGCUUGGAAACAUAAUGAAAUUAAUUUAUAAAAGAAGAUUCAUUAAGAGAUAUAGUUUCAGCUGUAGGAUUAGUUCCAUUGCUAAAUAACUACUUAACAAAUAUAUAAAAUUAAGCUGCAUGUUUCUUUAGUCAGUGAUAAUUCUGCGAUGGAAAUCUCAACAUAUAUCGCUCUUGCCAUUUUCUUCCUUAUUCCAACCAGUACUAUUUCACUGUGGUAUAAUGGCGUGAUACUUUUUGGUACUGGAAUAUGCAUUUUGUUGGUGUUUAUUUUUAUAUUUAUUAUUAUUCCAUUAGUAUACAAAAACUCAUAUUCAUUCCAACGUAGUCUUCUUUUCCUAAACUUUGUAAAUAUUCCUGUAAACUUCAAAUCACCUAGUAGUUUAGGCCUUGAUGGUGCUAGAAAUUUUUAUCUUACAACGGAGGAUAAUGUUACACUGGGAGUUUGGCAAAUUUUACCUGAGUUGCUUCUUCCUAAAUUAAAAUUAUCAGAAUUCAAAGAAAGAGAUUAUGAAAAUGCUUUGGGUGAUGGUACGCCAGUAUUUAUUUAUAUGCAUGGUAAUUCUGGAAAUAGAGGAUCUGCUCAUCGAGUAGAAUUAUAUAAGAUUCUUCAAAAGAACAAUUAUCAUGUGGUAGCCUUCGAUUACAGAAGCUAUGGUGAUUCUAGUCCUGUCGAACCUUCAGAAAAUGGUGUUGUUUCUGAUUCUAAAGCCAUUUAUAAAUGGGUGAAACGUCAUUCAAAUGGUGCUAAAAUAUAUUUUUGGGGUCAUUCUCUUGGAACUGGGAUAUCAUCACAUUUAUUAGAUGUCUUAGAAUCAGAAGGACAAACUAUCUCAGGCCUUGUUCUCGAAGCUCCAUUCAACAACAUGUGUGAUGAAGUGCGAUCUUAUCCUCUGGCAAAAGUGUUUCGAUACUUACCCUGGUUCGAUUUUUUUUUUACGGAGCCUAUGUAUGAGAAUGGUCUUAAAUUUCAGUCUGAUCGUCAUUUGGUAAAAGUCAAAGCACCAAUACUUAUUCUGCAUGCAGAAGACGAUAUAGUCAUUCCAAUUAAAUUAGGUCUUAAGUUGUAUGAAACAGUGCAAUCUUCAAGGCAGGGUAAGAGUCCAAUAAAGUUCAUCAAAUUUGAUAAAAACCGACAUUUUGGUCAUAAAUUUAUUUAUAAAGAUGAAAGUCUCAGCAAUAAAAUAGAAGAUUUUGUCAAAGAGAGCUCAAGGUAUAAACCAUUAUAAAAGAGGGAAAAAAAAAUUUAGAGUUUGAGCAGAUGAAUUUUUCAUUAAGUUGCAGGGUACAAGUCUUUACAAUCCUUACUUUUUAUUUACCUAGAUCCAUUGAAAAGUAUUGUCAAACAGAGUGCUGUGAAAUUAUUUUAUUCAUAAUGUUAUUAAUUUUAAAUUAUUUAUUGCCUUCGCUAUUGUGAUAGAAAAUGUUUUAUAUUUUAAGUUUAUAAAGUGUUAAUUGUAACUCAUAUAUUUUGCUCUCAUAUUUUUAUACUAUUUUGAACAUGAUCUUCAUGUUCAAUAUAUCUUAUUUUUAAUUAUUC